AAAGCUUUCAUUUGCAAUAAAGACAAAAUGGAAAGAAAGGACAUCGCAACAAUGCACGCUCGAGAUGCGCCGAGGGACACACAGCCACUCGGCAAAUGACUCCUUCAAAUCGGCAUUUUAUUUGCGUCGUAAUGCAUCCCCUCACAACGAUUUCCCCCUCGACGCCACGCAAUCCUGCUCACUGCGGUUCUCUUCCAUCGCGCAGGUAUAUAAAGAUCCCCUCGUCAGGUCCCUGUCAGAGUCGCCUCCCCUCGCCCGGCCAACACGCUGCCUGGCUUCCCUCCUGACGAUCUCUCCGGCGGCUUCCAGACAUGCAGAUCAGCACAGUUGUGGCGAUGGCGCUCCUGGUCGGCUCGGGAACGGCCUGUUUCAUCACCAACUGCCCUCCAGGUGGCAAGCGGUCCUCUCCCUCGGCACAGUUGGGUAGUGUCCGCACGUGCGCACAAUGCGGUCCGGGACUGCAAGGCCGCUGCUUGGGUCCCGACAUAUGCUGCGGACCUGAAAUCGGCUGCUACAUGGGGACCCGCGAGGCCUUCCUGUGCCGCAGCGAAAACCUGGUACCUGUGACCUGUAGGAACGACGACCUGAAGGCAUGCGGGCGGCAGCGUGAAGGGCGCUGUGCCUCCUCCGGCGUGUGCUGCACCGAAGCGAAGUGUGAAUUCGACAUGAACUGCGUGAUCGAGGGCGUGGACAGACACCGGUACUCCCUGUUGGACACUCUAACCGACGCCCAGUGGAUCUGAUCUGGCCUCUUUGACCUCAGGCUAUCAGGUCAACCUAGGCUGCCAACGUCAGAGUGCCGGAAAGCGUGAACUCUGCUUAUAGUGUUGUUCGUACGUGUCAUAGACAGAUUUUAUCUAUUCAUUUCCCCCCCCAACUCGGUCCUUACAGCACACACUGUUAUAAAAUCCACCUGCCACGAGAAGAUGGUCAAUAAAUCAUACCAUAUUAUCCUUCCUUAGGUAUACAUGUCAGCGACGAAGCUCAGAAACAUGGCUACUUAGUGUGUUAGAUUCUAAGGUUGUUCAGCGUGUUAGAAAUAGAAUUCCGUGCAGGGGUGUGGGGAGGGAAGGUCCUGUGCUCUCCCGCGAUGCUGGCUGGAUGCCCCUCCUCCGUCGUGCUCUCUCGGGGAAACUCAUCUCGGCGUCAGAUAUUUGUGUUUACAUGGUUGAAUAAAUGAAACUAUCUUGCUA